AUUUUUGGGCAAAAGCUGAUAGAGACAGCCCUGGUCCCAUGACAGAAAUAGCAGAAGCGACAGUGCACUGUGUGUCUUCCAUCCGCUCGCGAUCCCUGGACGUGAUUGCGGAAGAGAUCAGAAAUUAUUUUACCUCUAAUCGAAACUGCGAAAUCUACACGAACGAAGAAUUUACGAAAAUGGCCGAGAUUACGGAUUUUGGGCCAAGGAAGACGAUUUUUAUCUUAGCUAUUGUAGCCAGCUGCUUCGCGGUAUUAUGGCCGAAAAUUUUCUAUCCUAUGCUCACAGCAUCUGUCACACCACAUCAUACACCUGAUAAUUCUGCCUGCUGCGACGUAAUAUUUGAAAGCGACGUCACUGCUGCAGAUAUUAUGCAGGAAAUGUGUCAGAAUAUAUUGAAGCAUCAUCAAGUUGAUCCACGUGUAAGAGAUGUUCUGUCUGUAAAACUGACACCUCAAAGUGCAAAUUUAUGUAGAGAAGAAAUCUUAGACAGAUGUGGUAUAGAUUUAUUCACAUUUCUUGCUGAUAGAGAACGAUUGGGAAAGUCUUACAAACAAGUUUUGGAAGAAAUUAGAUCAUUUAAUAGUUCUCUCUGUCUUAAGACACAUUUUGGUAUACCUCUUUCUCAAUUAGGAACUCCACAUCUCAUCAGAUAUCAUAUUUUAAUGCCACACAGUACAAUACAACAAGAACGACGUACUCCUCCUCAUGCUGGAGGCUUACAUCCUGCUCUAAGAGAACGUGGGAGAGCCAUACCAUCCUCCCAUAUUGUACCAAAAGUAACAGAUAGACCUGAUCAUGUGAUACCAAAAAUGAGACCACCAUUGGGAGGUGCAGGUCAUGUUGUUUCUGCACCAAAAGGAAGUGGCACAAUGGGAAUUAUCAUGCCAUUGUAUACUUUGGGCAUUGUGCUAUUUUUCCUGUAUACAAUUAUAAAGGUUCUGAAGAAAAGUUCGGAUAGCGAAAUCAUUUCUGAAUAUCCUGGAGCCGCAGCAGAAAAAGAAUUUCGGAAGAUGGUAUUUAGUCCUGAAGCUUUCGCUUCAGCGAUGACUGGUGGCACAAUGCAGUAUUGUAAGGAAAGAUCACCAUCCCCUCACAGACCUCCGCCUACCAUAGAGGAGUUAAAAGAUCCUAUUUCCUUUAAAGAAAUACUGAAAAAUAAGGCUGGAACACAAGAAGCGGCAGGAGACAUAGAGAUAGACCAACUGAGACGACGUUUGGUCGAGACGGAGGCAGCCAUGGAAAGAAUUGUUGUCCAGAUGGGCAACAUAUCACGUACAGUUAUGCAUAGUCCGAGCUCGCAACAAGAACUUAAGGGUGAUGCUGUUGUCGAGGCCGACCAUAGUCAAGCAGAUGAAGAAGUAGCAAACAUAGAAAAUUCGCCAACAGUAAAAGUUAUGGGUAUGGAAAUGACAGCUAGUUGCGAGGGUAAGGGUAGUAGACCUACUACUCCUAUAAUACCUGUUGCACCCAGCCAUGUUGAAAGGGAGAAAACACCGCCUAAACCUAUCUAUUUAGAAGGCGCAUUACCUCCGCAGUGUGAAUUGCUUGUAACCGAUUCAGAAACACAAGCACAAAAAGCAGAAGAGGAUGCAGAAGCACCUGUUGUACUCUCAGGCAAAAUGACCCUUUCUCUCAUCAGUGUGGAUCAAAAUGCAGCUGAAUCUGAAGGAGAAAAUCAAGAAAGACGGACAGUAGAAGAUGAAAUAGUCUUGAAUACAGACUACAUGCAGAUUGAACAUGAAACGUCGAAAAUCGGGUCAACUGGAGAAAUGCAAGACAAUGGUAAAGUUGGAGAGGAUGGCAGUAGAAAUCAGCAAAGGCAAGAGAUUGAAAUACAAGAUGAAGAAGACGAAGAUGAACUUGACGAGGGAAGAGAAAAAGAAGAAGAAGAAACAGAAGAGGAGGAAGUAGAGGUAGAAGAAGAAGAAGAGGAAGUAGACGUAGAAGAAGAAGAAGUGGAAGUAGACGUAAAAGAAGAAGAAGAGGAGGAGGAAGAGGAAGUAGAGAUAGAGGUGGAUGAAGCAGAUGAAUACGAAGAAGAAGAAAUAGAAGAAGAGGAAGAAGAUAGUGAAGAAAAUGAAAAUGUGGGAGCAAAUGAAAGCGGGAGCAGUGAGGCAGAAGCUGAGGACGAGACAGAUGAGGAAGAGGAAAGUGAAACUGAAAAUAUGAGAAUAAUAUAAGAAAUUAAAAAAUUGUUGUAGUAACAAUUUAAAUCGGUAAAUGAAGUGGAAAAGGAAGAAAAUGAGAAAAUACGAAACGACACCUUAAACAACGUAGACGAUGGUGACGGUGGUAAAAACAACGAAAUGAAACGAAGUUUAAAUACUAAUUGGAAAAAUGAAGUAGAAAAGAUCAGCGAUGAAGAGUACGGGUUGCCUUAUAGCGAAAAAAUGAUUCGGAACAAGCAAACCCAAAAUAAUAAUUGAUUGAAUCAGUGUUUACCAAUCUUCAAGAUUUGUAUACUUCAAGAUAGAAGAGCUACUUAAAAGUUCGUCAAAAAUUUAAUGAUGAAGACUAGAAACAUUGGUCAAGCACUGCCAAACACCUAAUAAGUUCAUAAGAAUCGAAUUUACCAUAUGCUUGAAUUAUGAUCUGUUCUAUCCAACAUUUCAUUAAAUCAGAAAUUUGUUAAUUGGAGGGGCCAAGUAAGAGGCAGUGCUUUACGUACAUGUCCAAUAGCGUCAUUGUUUCAUGAAGAUCAUGAGAUCUAGUACUAUACAUUGUAUUAGACACUGUGCAACUAUCAACAAUGUUAUGGUGUUCACUCCCUUUUGGGUAUCGCGAUUGGCAAGCACUGAUCUACAUGCUUGUGCAUAUACUAUUUAUUUCAGUUAAACACGGUUCAGUAUUUUUUAUUAUGCCAAAUCCUUAAUCAUAAUUUUUGUCGUUCAUUUUUUUAACGUUCAAUGAUCUAUUUUAUAUGGUAUCCUAUGUAUAGUAUUCACGCUACGUUCUAAUGGAAAUUUUGUAAUACUGUAGUUUAUAGAGUCAUUUAGUCAGUAGCAUUGUCAUUUUCAUACCUAUGCUUGAUCAUGCAAUUCUAUAAUAUUGUGCAAUAUACAAAUAUUGGAUGCAAUUCCAAAUAGUAAUUUGUAUUACGCGAGACAUUUAUUAUUUUUAGAGCAAACGAAAUUCAAAGACGAACAAACUUAAUACCUCUUAAAAGCCAAUAAAUAUAAAUAAUUUGUUUAGUUGCAUGAUAUAACUACACGAGAGAGUUAGCAAUGCAUUAUAAUAUUCACCAUUCAUUUUUUCGUGUAAUUAGUAUGAAAACAAAUUGUUAGUACUGUUAUAAAUUACCUACAAAUAAGUAGAAGUUAUUGUCAAAUCAUAACUUGCAAAUAAUUCGGGAAAUUGUUAAAUUUACAAAUUAUAUAGAAAAUAUACAUACAUUGAAAAUAAUAUAA